UGGAUUGAAGGGAAAUGAGGUGGAGGUGAGUGGUUGUCUUAUCAUGACAACAAAAAAUAAGAGGAAAUGAUGAAACAGUUGAAACUUGAAAAAUUUAUUUGAGUGGACUACACUCCACACCUCAUCACAACACAACACAAGCAGCAUGGCAAGAUUGGUUGCAUUCCAACAGAAUCAACUAUCUUUCCCUCCUUUAGCUUCCUCUCUUUCUGAUUUCACUGGAACUAGAUUUCAAACUCAUAUUCAGUUGAAAAGAAAAACAUGGCAGCCAAAAGGGUCUUUUUAUGUAUCAGCAUCAACCAACAAGAAAGUCCUCAUCAUGGGUGGCACUAGAUUCAUUGGUGUCUUUUUGUCUAGACUCCUUGUCAAACAAGGUCACCAGGUAACAUUAUUUACAAGAGGAAAAGCACCUAUCACUCAACAAUUGCCAGGUGAAUCAGACACUGAUUUUGCUGAUUUCUCUUCCAAGAUCUUGCAUUUGAAAGGAGACAGAAAGGACUAUGAUUUUGUGAAAUCAAGUCUCUCAGCACAAGGAUUUGAUGUUGUUUAUGACAUAAAUGGAAGAGAGGCAGAGGAAGUUGAGCCCAUAAUUGAUGCUCUUCCUAAUCUGGAACAGUUCAUUUACUGCUCUUCUGCUGGUGUCUAUCUCAAAUCUGAUAUAUUACCUCAUGCUGAGAUUGAUGCAGUUGACCCUAAGAGCAGGCACAAGGGAAAGCUUGAAACAGAAAGCUUGUUGCAAUCAAAGGAUGUUAAUUGGACUUCUAUAAGGCCAGUGUAUAUCUAUGGACCCUUGAACUACAAUCCUGUUGAAGAAUGGUUCUUCCACAGAUUGAAAGCCGGUCGCCCGAUUCCUAUUCCCGGCUCAGGAAUACAGAUUACACAACUUGGUCAUGUUAAGGAUUUGGCAACAGCCUUUGUGAAUGUUCUUGGAAAUGAUAAGGCCAGCAAGCAAAUAUUCAACAUCUCAGGAGACAAAUAUGUCACAUUUGAUGGAUUAGCAAAAGCAUGUGCUAAGGCUGGUGGGUUCCCAGAGCCAGAGAUCAUUCACUACAACCCUAAAGACUUCGAUUUUGGUAAAAAGAAGCCAUUUCCAUUUCGUGACCAGCAUUUCUUUGCAUCAGUGGAGAAGGCAAAGAGUGUGCUUGGGUUGGAACCUGAUUUUGGCCUUGUAGAAGGUCUUACAGACUCAUAUAACUUGGACUUUGGUAGAGGAACUUUCCGCAAAGAGCCUGAUUUUUCAACCGAUGAUAUAAUUCUUGGCAAGAGUCUUGUUAGUGUAUGAUCAUCAUUAUAAAUUAUUCUUCUUUCAAUUUUUAGUAUUUCACAUAAUUAAAAAAAAAAAAAAAAAAAAAAGGAUGUUUGGGUUUGCUACAAUGUCAAAUCAUAUAAAGUGAAAUCUUCAUGAGCUACUCAUUAAGUAAUAUUUUUUUUAAAAGUAAGAGAAUGUUUGUACCUACAA